CACUGCCAUUUAACAAAGGACCUCUUCGCAGGCGGAGGUUGGUUCACCUGCUGACUACUUUGGAGAAAAUGGCAAAGGCUGCGUUUCUGAUAGCGUCUCUUCUAGUUUUAGGAAAUGUUGCCUUCAUACAUGCUGCAUUUUCUCCCACUCUCGUUGUUGACAUGGUAAAGGUCGUCAUAGACAAUUACUGCUCUCCAGAGAAGCUCCAAGGGAUGAAGGAGGCCAUUGCAGCAGCCAGCAGCAAUACAGAGAUCCUCAAUAUCCCAGAUGGGGACUCUUUGGCUAGAGUCCUCAGCGCUGGAAUGCAGACCACGAUCAAUGAUCCACGCGUGAAGGUCUCCUAUGAGCCAAACUACGCCCCUGUGGUUGCUCCAGUGAUGCCUCCUCUACCACCCGAACAGCUUGUCGCCGUCCUCCAAAACUCCAUCAAGCUGGACAUCCUGCAGGGCAAUGUCGGCUACAUGAGAAUCGAUCACAUCCUCGGCGUGGCAGCUGCUGACAAAAUCGGCUCUUUACUGGUAGACCUGGUCUGGAACAAAGUCCUGCCUACUUCCGCCCUUAUCUUUGACUUGCGGUACACUAGCAGCGGGGACAUCACAGGAAUUUCUUACAUCAUAUCGUACUUCACUGCAGCCGAUCCUAUCAUUCACAUCGACAGCGUGUUUGAUCGUCCUUCAAACACCACCACUAAGCUAUGGUCCAUGCCCACCCUACUGGGCGAGCGAUACGGCACAACCAAACCUCUUGUUAUCCUCACAAGCAAGAACACCAAAGGUAUCGCUGAAGAUGUUGUCUACUGCCUCCAAAACAUGAAGAGAGGCACUGUUGUUGGAGAAAAGACCGCCGGGGGUUCGGUCAAACUAGAUCAAAUCAAGGUGGGGGACACUGACUUUUACGUGACCCUGCCAACUGCGAAGUCCAUCAACCCCAUCACAGGUUCAACCUGGGAGCUUGCAGGCGUCACCCCCGACGUUGAAGUCAACGCAGAGGACGCCCUUGCUACAGCUAUCAAGAUAGUGGAACUCCGUGCACAAGUCCCCGCCAUCAUUGAGGGGUCGGCAGCACUGAUCUCUGACAACUAUGCCUUUGAGGAAGUUGGGGUUGCUGUUGCCGCAAAACUGAAAGGUCUCUUGCAGAACGGCAACUACAGCAUGGUUGUCUCCAAGAAAGGUCUUGAAGAAAAGUUGUCUGUUGACUUAAACACUCUGUCUGGGGACAAGAGCCUGAAGACCACCAGUAACACUCCAGUCCUGCCACCUAUGGAUUAUACUCCCGAGAUGUAUAUCGAGCUCAUAAAAGUCUCCUUCCACACGGAGAUUUUUGAAAACAACAUCGGUUACCUGCGUUUUGACAUGUUUGGAGACUUUGAGGAGGUCAAGGCCAUCGCGCAAAUUAUUGUGGAGCACGUGUGGAGCAAGGUGGUCAACACAGAUGCCAUGAUCAUAGACCUCAGGAACAACCUUGGUGGCCCGACGACUGCUAUCGCAGGUUUCUGCUCUUACUUCUUUGACGCCAACAAGCAGAUUGUACUGGACAAGUUGUACGACAGACAGUCUGGCACCACCACUGAACUCAAGACACUGCCUGAACUCACUGGAACAAGGUAUGGAUCCAAGAAGAGCCUUAUUAUCCUGACCAGUGGAGCAACAGCUGGCGCGGCAGAGGAGUUUGUCUAUAUCCUGAAGAAACUUGGCCGCGCUAUGAUUGUCGGAGAGACCACUUCCGGAUCAUCCCACCCGCCCAAGACCUUCCGCAUUGGUGAGACCGACAUCUUCCUCAGUAUUCCUACAGUCCACUCUGACACAACAACCGGGCCAGCCUGGGAAGGAGCCGGCGUUGCACCUCACAUACCCGUCUCAGCAUCCGCUGCCCUUGAAACUGCCAAGGGCAUUUUCAAUAAGCACUUGGGAGGCCAGAAUUAAUCCUCAAAAUGAAGGUAUACUUUUGCUUUGGCAACCAAAAGUGUUGUUGAGGUUUAGGAUCUAGAUUUGUUCAAAUUUUAAACAAUAUUUAGUGAUAUUUGUGACAUAGAGCAAUGUUUUGGUGCCAGUUUUUAUGUCAUUAUAGAUAAUAGAUGUCCACACAAAACAUGAAAAUUAACUGUCUGAGAAAAUGACUCGCCAUAAAAUGUAUGUACUAUUUUUAUGUCAACUCCAAUGUUAACUGUACUAUUCAAACCUCCUGUUCAACUUGGGCUAACUUUGUUCCAGUGGAAACAAAAUAAAAACACAAACAAUGAAA